AUGAGCUACUAUGCCAGCUACUACAGAGGCCUGGGCUACGGCUGUGGAGGCUUUAGUGGCCUGGGCUGUGGCUAUGGCUGUGGCUGUGGGAGCUUCUGCAGACUGGCCCAUGGCUGUGACGAUGGAGGCUACCAACAUGGCUGACGCCAGCCAUCUUGCUAUGGAAGAUACUGGUCUUCUGCCUUCUACUGA